GUGGGCGUGAAGAAGGGCGGCACGCGCGCCGUGCUGGAGUUCAUCCGCGUGCACCCGGACGUGCGGGCCUUGGGCACGGAGCCCCACUUCUUCGACAGGAACUACGGGCGCGGGCUGGACUGGUACAGGAGCCUCAUGCCCAGGACCCUGGAGAGCCAGAUCACGCUGGAGAAGACGCCCAGCUACUUCGUCACUCAGGAGGCGCCCCGUCGGAUCUUCAACAUGUCCCGAGACACCAAGCUGAUCGUGGUGGUGCGGAACCCCGUGACCCGCGCCAUCUCCGACUACACGCAGACGCUGUCCAAGAAGCCGGACAUCCCCACGUUCGAGGGCCUGUCCUUCCGGAACCGCACGCUGGGCCUGGUGGACGCGUCGUGGAACGCGAUCCGCAUCGGCCUGUACGCGCUGCACCUGCAGAGCUGGCUGCGCUACUUCCCCCUGGCGCAGAUCCACUUCGUGAGCGGCGAGCGGCUCAUCACCGACCCCGCGGGCGAGAUGGGGCGCGUGCAGGACUUCCUGGGCAUCAGGAGGUUCCUCACCGACAAGCACUUCUACUUCAACAAGACCAAGGGCUUCCCCUGCCUCAAACGGGCGGAGUCGAGCCUCCUGCCCCGCUGUCUGGGCAAAUCCAAGGGCAGAACUCACGUGCAGAUCGACCCCGAGGUCAUAGACCAGCUCCGGGAGUUUUACAGACCUUACAACAUUAAAUUCUAUGAAACCGUCGGGCAGGACUUCAGGUGGGAAUAAGCCUCCGACGUGCGAGGCUCUGCUCUUGGACUCUGCCACAAGCUGUGUUCUUAGGGCCUAUGAUCCCCUCGCCCCAGCAGAGCCAUGCCCCAGCCCCACCCCCACCUUGGGCUCCCUCGUCCUGGAACCCGGGAGCCCGGCCAAGGCCGAGAGACGGGGGUGCUGCCGCUAGCGCCCCCCAGUCUGCCCAGGCAAAGCCAUCUGCUUGUGGCGCGUCCAGUCAAUUCCAAAUCGUUUCCCCUCAGCCCAUAAGCUGCCCGGGAAACUGCUUUAAGGAGCGGCCUCCCCGUUUUGGUAGCCAGUGCAAGUGGUGAUGGUUCUGUUGCAGUGAACACAGCUGUCUGUCCCUGUCACCGUCCACCCCAGAGUGAGCUUGUUAAUUCCGAGUGUCCUGUGCUUCCCUCUGAGCUGAAACCUCCUGAAUGGCCCUGGGGUGGCGUGGGGACCAUCCUCCUCUCCCUGGCCUCAGCUGCUCAUCCAGACGUGCAGAGCCGAAGCGCCCCCGGGCCACCCCUAGGAGACAGACCCUUUGAUGAUGGGAUAAACCGGAGCUUCCUAAGGCUGUGGUCUUGGCUCUACUUGAAGGGUGACUGUCUUCAAAGUCCCCCUGGUGACUCUCCCUGCUCCCUGUGGACAAAAGCACAUAGUUCCGCUGUUACGGGUACUUGCCUCACCAAGCUUUCGUGUUCAGCAUGCGACAGAAUCAUGCUUGUCCAUGUGAAAUAAAUACGGCUCUCUCGUGUCCUGGA